AUGUCUCGCACAAAUGGUGUCAAUACCGGCCUUCCGAACAUAACCGACAUGCCCUCCUUCUUAAUUGCAGUAGAACAGCUCGAAGAGGAGCUCAUCGUCCUCAACGCCAACAUCAACACAAUAUCGCAACUACAAGAGCGGUCUCUUAACAAUAUUGGCGAUAAUAGGGUUCAGAGUGAUCUGGACUCAUUGGUACGAGAAACCAAGGCCAUGGCACAAGGACUUCGGACACGUAUCAAGGAAAUGGAGUCGUUGAGAAGCAAUAGCCGCGAGGGUCAGAUCAGAAAACGUCGGGUCGAGAUCCUCAAGGAAAAGUUUCUUCAAGCAAUGCAAAACUAUCGACAGGCUGAGCAACGAUUUCAAUCUGCCCAAAAGGCACAAAUUGAGCGACAAGUUCGUACCGUCAAACCCUCUGCGACAAACGAGGAGAUUCAGGCCAUUGUGAAUGAUACAUCCAAUGGACAGGUGUUUCAACAAGCCUUGAUGAACUCUGAUCAAUUGGGCAAAGCGAAGACUGCAUACCGAAAUGUCCAAACUAGACAUGAAGAACUUUUACGCAUUACGCAAACGAUGGCAGAGUUAACUCAAAUGAUGAAUGACAUGGCACUCAUGGUCGAGCAAGACCAGGAGAAGAUUGCUCAGAUUGAAAAGAACACUGCAGCUGUCGAGGCUGACACCGAAAAGGCCCUGAACGAGACGCGAAAGGCGCGAACGUGGGCCGAGAAGGCGAGAGAGAAGCGGAAGAUGUGUUUCAUCAUCUCUGUGAUCAUUCUGUUGAUCAUUGCGAUUGCUCUUGCUAUCGUGAAUUGA